AUGGCAACCACGAUUCUAAUGAACUUCAAAGGCUUUAAAUUCGAUUCGAAGUGCAGCACCGAUACUCCGAAUGCCUGGCUGGCCGGCGAAUACCUUCAAAUCCAGUUCGGCAAACUUAAUUGCGAGGUGACUCUUGUUGGCAAGAAAAUCGUUCUCUUCGAUACCAAGUGGCCGCAAAGAAGCAUUCAUUUUCCCAUCGGAUUGAACCACUUGCCGCAGCAGAUCCGGAGUGUUGCCGGGGCAAGUACGGAGGCCGUCGACAGGGUACUCAAAUUCAUCCACGAUGUGCUGAACACGGGGCAUUGCGACAGAGGCAACACGUUCCACUGCAUAGCCAAGCGGUUGUCCCGCUACGUCAUGGAGUUUGAACCGCCACUAAGCUGGCUGCCUCAACAGGUCAAGAGUGUUGCCGGGGCAAGUACGGAGGCCGUCGACAGGGUACUCAAAUUCAUCCACGAUGUGCUGAACACGGGGCACUGUGACAGAGGCAACACGUUCCAUUGUAUUGCCAAGCGGUUGUCCCGCUACGUCAUGGAGUUUGAACCGCCACUAAACUGGCUGCCCAGUCCUGUCGGUGUUCUGGCAAACUCACCUCUCGACUCCAUCAAGAGCGUGAUGGCCAUGGGGAAGGACCUGAUGCAUUGCCAGCACUUCGAAUCAGGCUCGGAGACGAUGAAAUGCCUUGGCUUCAAGAUCAUCGGGCUGGUGCCGCCCUUGAACUUCUUGAACCACCUGGGUGAAGUGAUUGUCGAAACCGUCGAGGCAUUUGCGAAGGCAGCCACAGCCUUGGUGAAGAAGGCCUUGAAGGGUGGCACUUCCCUGAUCCAGAGGGCUAGUUUGUCCGACUUCCCUGCGAUCGGAAAGAUGCCAGUUCGCCAUCAGCAGGGAGACCUGAUCGUAGAGCUGCACUCUCAAGAGCCACAUCCGUCACUUCUGGAGUUCUCUUCGGCACUGGGGCAGCAAGAGAGGGGCGGCCAUGACUCGGAGGGCCCAGGGAUCAAGUUGAAGGACGGUGAGGACGUCCGUGCCACGAACCUGAUCACGCAGUUCGAUGGCAGGGAAGCCAAUUCAGGCUCCUGCCUGGCCUUCGCUCCCCGGAACAAGAACGGGGCCCAUGUUGGCAACCACCAGGAGGCUACGAAAGACGACUGGUCCUCGGCGAAGAAGGAGGACUUCGUGCAGCUGGAGCCCUGGGCGGUGCCCUGCGACAACACCUGGAUGAAGGACAAUUGGAACAAGUGGCAAGGCUACUCCUUUUACACCGGAACGACCGUCAUCGAGAAGUGCCUGUCCGUAACCUUCAAAAUCGACAUCCAGCCUGUGGUCGCCUUCAUCGCCGGCUUUUCCAUCAAGUUUUUGCCGACCCUCUUCGACUUGGUCACCACCGUGUGUUGGCCCAACCACAUGCCGGGUGGCCUCGACUUGUCCGUCCUACGCUCGGAGCUGAAAACCGGCGAUCACCUGCUGUUCAGCCGGACCUUGCGGCUUGCAAAGCGCUUUGGCUCUCACACGGACUUCGUGAAGAAAAACUUGGGCCAGGGCUACCAAACUUGGAGAUCACCGCUGGGUAUCGCCAAGAGCGAGAGCAAGGCUGCAUUCGCACCUAUGUCGCUCUUGGACGGCAAUCGAAGCCACGUCGGAGAUGCCAAGGAAGAGGGCGAGGUGGAGGCAGAGUCCUGGUAUUGGAAGACCGAGACCGAGAACCUCUACCUAGCAUCCGUCGACUAUGGUGAUGCCAUGGAGGCGAACACGACCUGGGAGAUGCAUGGGGCGGAUGCGGCACGGCACUUGAGUGCAAUGCAGGAGGCUCAGGCGCAGGGCAAGGACAACAUCAUUCAGCUCUUCGACUUCAAGAAGCCCGGAAUGACAAAUUUCGAGGUCCAAGGCCUUCUCAACGGCAACAGCCUCGAGUUGGGCCUCCAGAUGGGCUACGGGCCUUUUCAGAGCCCAAAAAAGAGAAUCCCUUUGGCCGACAUCGGGGUCCAGUUUGCUGUGAUCCUCGCAGCAGUCUCCUGGAUUUCGGUCGAAACGAAGAAGACGGCGAUCGCUGCCUUGCGGGACUUUUCGACCGAGGACGCUGGGCGGGUCCAGGGGCUUCCGCUGAGGCCAGGCUCCGUCAUUGCCUUCCACAGCAAGGCGCACAACCGCUAUCUCUCAUUAUAUGGCGAAAAGCUCUACGGCAGCCACCAUGCGAAUGCCGAUGGGAUCGGAGAUGCGUGGACCGACCAGCGCUUCACGGUGGUGGACGGGAAGGGCGGUUGGCUCGCAUUCCACAACGCCGUUCACAACAGGUUCGUCAAGUCGUUUGGCAGUGGAGUCAGCCCUCACAAAAAUGCAGACGACCUUCCCGAUGGGUGGUGGGGGGAGAAGUGGCACGUGGUGGAUGCUGGAAAUGGAGAGAUUGCCUUGCACAGCCAUGGUAAAGCCUUCCUGGGUCUGAGGGCUGACGGUACGUACUUCUACACGCACGGCGGUCUUGACCAGCUGCCUCAUGACUCAGCCCUGCGCUUCACAGUCGUGGAGGCGGCGGUGAAGCUGCCGGUCGGAUCCACGGUGGCCCUCUACAACACCCUCCACCGAAAGUUCAUUUCAAUGGACAAUGGCCACCUGAAGUCAAGCCCGGUUAGAGAGGCCGGCGACGUUCCCGAUGAAUGGACCCAUGAGCGCUUCACCGUCAUCAAGAAGAAUGGCCACUCCAUUGCGCUGCACAACUCGAGGUGGAACCGCUUCAUCAAGAUUAAUGGAGUGAGCCCCCACAAGAAUCCGGAUCAACUUCCCGCCGGCUGGGGCAUGGAGGCCUUCGUGGUCCGACCUGCAGUUGAUGGAGAGCUUAUGCUGUGGAACGACCACAACAGAUUUGUUCAGAUGCGACAUGGGGGGGAUGUGAGCGAGAGUCACCACCCUCCCGGCGGCAUCCUCAACACGCGUGGCUGGGCAUGGGAGCGUUUCCUUGCCGUCCCUGUGAAGCCGUACCUUGAGCCGGGAACAGUCGUGGCCUUGCACAGCGCUGCCCACAACCGGUUCCUGCUGAUGCAAAAUGACGGCCUCAUGGGUCGAAGCUCACCCAAAAACGUGGAUGACUUGCCGAGCCACUGGAAUCAAGAGCGCUUCCGCGUGGUUGAUGCAGGCAAUGGUCAGGUCGGCCUCUGGAACCUAGCCCACAAACGGUUUGCAUCGAUGAAGGGCUGUGAUCGCCGGAUGGAAAGUCAUCACGAGAGGCUCGGGUGGGAAGCAUUCACAGUUGUGCCCAGUGAGUCAACCUUUCGUGGGGUGAUUGGCUUGCACAGCACACACCACAACUGCUUCGUGCGGAUGUCAUCGAGUACAGCAGACAGCAGUGUCCCCAAGACGAUCCAGGACUUUCCGCCCCCGAAUGAGUGGGCAUGGGAGCGCUUCCACAUCGUGCUUGCAGGAGACGGAUCGAGCGAGCCUGUCGGCAAAAAGUUGGACGUGUCGCUCUCCUGA